AUGUCAGACAUCGACGACGAUUUCAUGUGCGACGAUGACGAUGAUGAUUACGGAUUGGAAUAUUCGGAAGACAGUAACUCGGAACCGGAUGUGGAUCUUGAAAACCAGUACUACAAUAGCAAGGCACUGAAAGAGGAAGCUCCGCAAGAUGCGCUGAAAUCAUUUCAAAAAGUGCUAGAUCUGGAAAAUGGCGAAAAAGGCGAAUGGGGUUUCAAAGCCCUCAAACAAAUGAUCAAACUGAAUUUUAAGCUGCAAAACUACCAAGAGAUGAUGGCGCGCUACAAACAACUGCUAACGUACAUUAAGAGUGCCGUCACGAGGAAUCAUUCGGAGAAAUCCAUCAACUCAAUUUUGGAUUACAUCUCGACAUCGAAAAAUAUGGAACUACUUCAAAAUUUUUACGAAACGACUCUAGAAGCAUUGAAAGACGCCAAAAACGAUCGAUUGUGGUUCAAAACGAACACUAAACUUGGCAAGUUGUACUUCGAUCGGAACGAUUUCGGAAAGCUGCAGAAGAUCCUAAAACAACUGCACCAAUCGUGCCAGACCGACGAUGGAGAGGAUGAUCUGAAAAAGGGGACACAGCUGCUUGAGAUAUACGCGCUUGAAAUCCAAAUGUACACAGUCCAAAAGAACAACAAAAAACUGAAGGCGUUGUACGAGCAAUCGUUGCACAUCAAAUCGGCCAUUCCGCAUCCGCUGAUUAUGGGCGUGAUUCGAGAGUGCGGUGGCAAGAUGCAUCUGCGUGAGGGGGAGUUUGAAAAAGCACACACGGAUUUCUUCGAGGCUUUCAAGAACUACGAUGAAUCGGGAUCCUCCCGGCGCACCACCUGCCUAAAGUAUCUGGUGCUGGCAAACAUGUUGAUGAAGUCCGGCAUCAAUCCGUUUGAUUCGCAGGAAGCGAAACCAUACAAGAACGAUCCGGAGAUUCUUGCCAUGACGAACCUGGUGAUGGCGUACCAGAACAACGACAUUAUGGAGUUCGAGUCGAUUUUACGCAACAACCGCAACAACAUCAUGGCCGAUCAGUUCAUACGCGAGCACAUCGAGGAUCUGUUACGAAACAUUCGCACGCAGGUGUUGAUAAAGCUGAUCCGCCCGUACACGAAGAUUACCAUAUCCUUCAUUUCGAAUGAGCUCAACAUCGAACCGGCAGAAGUCGAAAGUUUGCUGGUGUCCUGCAUAUUAGAUAACACGAUUCAAGGUCGCAUUGAUCAGGUGAACCAAGUCCUGGAACUCAGCAAAGAAGCACGAUGUGGCGAACGGGAUAUCGCCAUCGAGAAGCUCGCCACACAGAUCAAUUCUGUGCAGGCGGCUAUCAUCAAUAAGAUGGCCUGAAGUCAGGCUGAUUGAAUCGCCCUACCGAUGACGAUGAUGAUGUAAAAAAUGGCCCAGCGUCGCUUAGAGCAUCAUUUAGAGGAGAGAUCAACAGACGUGCGUUGGUUUCCGGCUGAUGAAAACCGCGAUCCGAGCACGAACGGAGAGCAAAUAUUUAAAGUGUUCAGCAUAGUCGAGUGUCCACGAGGGUAUAUUGCUGCUCACGGUAUACUGUGAUCUCGGGUGAAAUCGCCUCACGCAUCGGAUGUCGGAAGAAAUCUCGUUGCGCCUCGUCGUUGACGUUUUCACGACAGCGGGCGGAGUGUUUUCCUUUUUUAAUAGCAAUCCGGCCUUGUAAUGAUUCAUUGUUUUAUUGAUAUUCAUUUUCACCCGUGAUCCAGAGCUAUAGUUUGAGACAGAGAAGGGCAGAACGGUUUGAAUGAUUAAUGGCACAACAUACAGUUAAAGGGUGUGCAAAAUUCACUGCUUCAGGUGAUACGGCUACCCAAUCACGCGACAACAGGGAGAAUACGUGCAUGUAAGCAGAACAAUAAUUGAGUAAUAAACCCAUGCGA